ACGACGGCGGCGAUGGAGACGACGGAACCGGACAGCGACGGUUCGAGCUGCGACGUCUGGAAGCGCGUUCGCGGUGAUUCCGCCGACACCGGACCCAAGAAGCGUCGAAAGCAGACCACGCCGGUAAGAGUCUCGUCUGGUCUUGCGGACGUGCACGAGGAUGUGCGCGAGGACGAGCGCGAAGACGAAGACAAAGGUAAGCUGUCGUCGCGAUCGCCGUUGCUGAGCAACGACCAUCACCACCACCAACAACAUCACCACCACCACCACCACCACCUUCACCAUCACCAUCACUCGCCGUCGUCGAAAGACGAGAAUCUAAACAACGAGUUCCGCUGCCAGCACUGCGGCCGGCUCUUCGACAGCGACGAGACGCUCAAUGUCCACGUGGAUGGCGAGCACGGUGACGCAAAUCAGGCAACGCCAGCUGUCACCAUCAAGGUAGAGCCGGCGCAGCAGCUGGAUCCAACUAAUGAGAGUCCCAUUAGUCUUUUAAGCGUUAAGAACUUCGCGACCACGUGGUUGGCGUCCAGCAACCAGCAGCACGUGCAAUCGCAGACACAGAUGCAGUCACAGAGCGAUGAAUCGUGGUCGAGCGGCCCGGUCAAUCAAAUCGUCACGAUGACGAAUCAUUUACAGGCUCUUUCGAGUUUUCCGGGCACCCUCGCGCAGUAUCUACCCCUACCAAAUUUUCCCCUGACCGAUCCUCAACUCCCUAGAUCCUCCCUCGGUCCUGUGCCGGUCAAGAUCUUCAAUCCGGACGCGUAUUGCGAUAUGUGCAAUAAGGAGUUUUGCAACAAGUAUUUCCUGAAGACACACAAGGCCAACAAGCACGGAAUCUACGUUGACUCGCCAGCGCCAACGGCUAUGGACCCCAUCAAUGUCGCUGGCGGCAGCGUAUUCGGUGCCGUGAACUUCCACGCGAGUAACGCGAGCGUGAAAUUGGAGCCGCCGGCGACUCCGCCGCAGAAACGUUUCCGUAACGAGGAUUCUACGAAGAAGCACAAGCAAAAAACGCACAACGAGUCACCUGUGGAUCAGCAGUCAGAUGGCCAGCAGAUCUCUAUGCAGAGCGAGGAGGAUCGAAUGACGUCGCACGACAGUCCCGGCGAUAUAGAAGCGCUCUUGAAGCAGGAAUCAUAUGGCAUCGAGCAAGAAGACGCGACCUUUAUGCCGGCCCCUAGACAUCUCUCGCCCCAGUCCAUCCAACAAGCACGUGAUUCUGGUUUCAGCGCUGAUCUUCUGCGCCGACUUGGGGUCAUAAAUCCCGAGGCAUUUUGCGAAAUCUGCUGCAAGGAGUACUGCAAUAAGUACUUCCUACGCACGCACAAGAUGAAACGGCACGGCGUUGUCGUGCAGGACAGCGAGCAAUCGCCCGGCAGUUCCGGCACUACUGUCAACACCUGGCACCAGGUGCAAACCAGUCCACUGAACUUGAUCGUGUCUGAAGCUGCUACGAGUGCGGAAUCUAAUGACCGCGGCAGCGAGGAAUACGAGUGUAAAUCCUGCACUAUUCGUUUUCAGACGAUCGAUCUGUAUCAGGCGCAUUGCAGGAAGAUGCACGAGGGCGAGGAGAGCGGCUCGCCGAAACAAGAGUACGACUUAGACGGCUCUGAUCAGCGUAACGAUUCGAUCUCAGAAGACCUUCAGAAGCUGCAGACGAUGAUCAUGCAGCUGAAUGGUCUAGAUUCCGGUAAGGGAUUAUCCUGCGCUGCCUGCGGUAGAGAAUGUGAUUCGAGGUCAGCCUUACGCGUUCACAUGGCGACCGAACACGGUAUCACCGGUGAUGAAUCCUCGAUGUCGCCGCAAAAGUCACCAAUAGUCAUUUCGACUAUUCUCUGUACUCUCUGCGAGAAGGAUUAUCCUAAUCAAGAUGCAUUAAGGAGACAUAUUAGCGAGGAACAUCAGCCCAUCGUAUCCAGUGCUAUUACUCUGCCGGCAUUGCCGCCAACGGUAAUUGCCUCUUCCGCUAGUUCGACACCGACCAGUCAGACUCCAAGUGGCCAAGCAACAACGAUGACAGAAAAGAAGGUAACGUCACUAACUCCUACAUCGAGCUAUUGCGAGAUAUGCAACAAGGAGCUGUGCAAUAAGUAUUUCAUGAAGACGCAUAUGCAGCGGAUGCACGGCAUUGAGAUCGAAAACGGCGCACAGAUCGGCGGCGUCAUCUGCAACAUUUGCAACAAGGAGCUUUGCAGCAAAUACUUUCUGCGAGUUCACAAGCAUAAUACUCAUGGAAUCAUCGAUGAUAACACGUCGUCAUCGGCGUCGAACAACAAACAGGAGUCUUAUGAUGUUCCUAGCGCCGAGGAGUCGGCACUGAAACCGGAACAAUUGGGCGAUCUUAGUCACAGAUAUUUCAUUCAUUUCACCGAGGUAUGUCCAAUUUGCAGUCGGAGGUUCCGCAGCAUCAAAUGGUUGAAGGCGCACUUAAUGGGCGACCACGGGAAAGCGGGGAUCGACAAAUGGCGCGAAUUGGAACAACAGUAUCAAGCGACGUCCAGAACCUGCGGCAGAAGCGUUGCUUCGACGAAGAACACGCAACAAACAUCAAACCUAAAAAUUCCCAAUGGUUUUGAGGUUACCCAACAAAUCAAGCCUGUCGAUUACACGAGUCUGGGAAAUCAAAUGCUAUCGAAUCUUUUCGGUUCCUCAUCCGAGGAGUCUCAAUUAAAGAAAAAUUAUCGCUGCGGCUACUGCAACUUUACGACCCCUGUAUUACCCUUUCUCUUUCUUCACGAGCGAUCCCACGUGAAUCAACAGGAAAAUCUCGAAGGAGAUCGAGCAUUACAAUGUCCGAUCUGCUCGCACGACUUUCAUCAACCGGAGCUGCUUCAUCAGCAUCUGCUUGCCAAGCAUCAAUUCCCCUCUCUGUUAUCGCAAUUUCAACAUCCUCUCAUAAAUAAUCUUAGAUCGGAUAUCGAUAUCAAGGCGAGCGACACCAAGAACAGAACUGAUCAGGAUACGAAAGAUGAUCGUGUGGAAUGCAGUCCACACACCGAUCGGAAUAUCCCCGAGCCCGCCAAAAACCAGCGGCAGGACGAAACUACAGUAAAGGUGACUCCUCAGGGUGUGUACAAAUGCGCCCAAUGCGGUUAUGCGACGACAAAUCUGAAUCGCAUCAAGAAGCACGUGCGGAAAGAUCACAAGGCGAUAGGCGAUCCGACGGAAAGCGUGAUUGCCGAGCUCAGCAAGACCCUGAAAGAUGUAGCGAACAAGCAGAAGAUGCCAGCCUGUUACGCGAUGCCGCAGGACAUGAAUUCAAAUCCCGACAAGACCAUUAUGCAACCGUUCCUGAUCGAGGAGCAGGAUCUGAUGCAGGUGGGUGCCGAGUCUAGCUCGGCGAAGAAAUUCGCGCCGGCUCUGGUCUACUUGCCGGUCAAGUCCAGAAUCAGCAACUCCCUGACCGCCUCCUUCACUCUCACCCCCGCCUGA